CCCAAGACCCGUGGGGCGGAUCGAUAAGUGUGUCUUAUCGCGGUGCGAUAUGAUGUUUUAUCAGUUUGUAUAAGGCGAUAAUGAUACACCCUACACUUGCUAUGCAUUCGUGGCUGUACCGUAAUGCUGCUGGCUGCUAGUCAUUAGUGUGUCAGCUGAGUGAAAAGGUUGAACCGUGGUCAACGCCGUACUGUGAAGAAAAAGUCACCAAAACGUCGGUGGCGCCACACGGAACCGUGAGCUAACGUUGCACAGUGUUCCAACCUACUAAAACCAUCAAGAUGAGCUGCGCCCAGUGUAUGAGCAAUGUCGGCGAGUUGAUUAUGAACAAUAAGCUGGUCACAUUCCUUAGUGUGGCCCUGUUUGCGUUCGUGAUCACCGUGAUAGCGUUGGCCGUAUCGAACAACAAUAAUGCAGCCGAUUUGGACGAGUGCCGGGCACAGUUGGACAAACUGUUGAGCGCGACAACGACUACGGUGGCCACUACUACUACUUUGGAAACUACGACGACAGUAGCGCCACCACCGGGACCAGCAUCAGGCUAACAUCUGCAAACCGGGAACACUUAUCCUUUCAGCGUAACAUUUUGCGGGAACACAGCGAAAUACGUGUGCCUGUUUUAUGAAACUUAACAAUUAGUUGAGAACCGUGCGCAGCAUGCGAUCGGGGGAAAUCUCGUCGUCAGGUGAAUCUGUUGAGGCGGUGGAUGCAAGCGUUGCACUGCGCUGGAGUAAAAAAUCGGAACAAUAAACGACAAACGAUUUUG